AUGUCCGGGCAGAGCAUCACGGACCGCAUCACGGCGGCGCAGCACAGCGUGACCGGCUCGGCCGUCUCCAAGACCGUCUGCAAGGCCACCACGCACGAGGUGAUGGGCCCCAAGAAGAAGCACCUGGACUAUUUAAUACAGUGCACAAAUGAGAUGAACGUGAACAUCCCGCAGUUGGCAGACAGCUUGUUUGAGAGGACAACCAACAGUAGCUGGGUGGUGGUAUUCAAGUCGCUCAUCACAACUCACCAUCUAAUGGUGUACGGCAAUGAGCGUUUCAUCCAGUAUCUAGCUUCCAGGAACACGUUGUUUAACUUGAGCAGCUUCUUGGACAAAAGCGGUUUGCAAGGGUAUGAUAUGUCAACGUUUAUCAGGCGGUAUAGCAGAUAUCUGAAUGAAAAAGCAGUUUCUUAUAGACAAGUAGCGUUUGACUUCACAAAAGUAAAACGAGGGGCUGACGGAGUGAUGAGGACAAUGAAUACAGAGAAACUCCUGAAAACUGUACCAAUCAUACAAAACCAAAUGGAUGCUCUCCUUGAUUUCAAUGUCAACAGCAACGAACUUACAAACGGUGUAAUUAAUGCUGCCUUCAUGCUUCUCUUCAAAGAUGCCAUUAGACUCUUUGCAGCAUAUAAUGAGGGGAUUAUUAACCUGCUGGAAAAAUACUUUGACAUGAAAAAGAACCAGUGCAAAGAAGGCCUCGACAUAUAUAAGAAGUUCUUGACUAGAAUGACGAGGAUUUCAGAAUUUCUCAAAGUCGCAGAGCAAGUGGGGAUAGACAGAGGAGACAUUCCAGAUCUUUCUCAGGCCCCAAGCAGUCUUUUGGAUGCUUUGGAACAGCACUUAGCCUCCUUGGAAGGAAAGAAAAUCAAAGAUUCCACUCAUGCAAGCAGGGCUACUACCCUCUCCAAUGCAGUCUCUUCCCUUGCAAGCACCGGCCUGUCACUCACCAAAGUAGACGAAAGGGAAAAACAAGCCGCACUAGAAGAAGAGCAGGCACGUUUAAAAGCUUUAAAGGAACAGCGUCUAAAAGAACUCGCAAAGAAACCUCAUACCUCCUUAACUACUGCCUCCUCCCCAGUGUUCAAUGCAGCAGGAAGCAUAAUGACCACACCAGCCAUCGACAUUUUUUCCACACCUAGCUCUUCAAACAGCACAUCCAAGUUGCCAAAUGACCUGCUUGACCUGCAGCCAACGUUUCAUCCGUCUGUGCAUCCUAUAUCCUCUGCGCCCCAAGUAGGAGGGACCUGGGGAGAUCCCUUCACUUCUACCGCUGACACUGUUGACGAUGCCAUCCCAAGCCUAAAUCCUUUCCUCGCAAAAUCUAGCGAUCACCUUUCUGUCUCUUCUGACGUACCUCCUUUCACUACUAGGACACCUACUCAUGAGAUGUUUGUUGAUUCUUUUUGUGGUCCGCAAGCUUAUCCUAACGCUUCCCAUUUCCGCAGUGAGCCCUCAACUGUAGCUGGUCUAUUUGGAGGCUUCACUCCAUCUCCUGUUGCCCAACCCCAGCCUUCUGCAGGCCUUAAUGUUGACUUUGAGUCUGUGUUUGGAAACAAAACUUCAAAUGUGCCAGUGGAUUCUUGUGGGUUUGAUGAAUUAGGCGGACUCCUAAAACCAACAGUGGCUUCUCAAAACCAGAGUCUUCCAGCUUCCAAAACACCUCCUAACAAAUUGGUAUCAGACGAUCUGGAUUCAUCUUUAGCUAAUCUUGUAGGCAAUCUGGGCAUUGGAAACGGAACAGCAAAAAAUGAUGUAAAUUGGACCCAGCCGGGAGAGAAGAGGCUGACGGGAGGCACCAACUGGCAGCCCAAAGUUGCGCCGACGACAGCAUGGAAUGCGCCGACAAUGAAUGGCAUGCAUUUUCCACAAUACGCCCCACCUGUAAUGGCCUAUCCUGCCACAACGCCAACCGGAGUGAUCGGCUACGGAAUGCCAUCCCAAAUGGGAGGAGUACCAGUAAUGACACAGCCAACCUUAAUAUACAGCCAACCUGUCAUGAGACCUCCAAAUCCUUUUGGUUCUGUAUCAGGAGCCCAGAUACAGUUCAUGUAACCGUGCCAGACGGAAGGGGUGAGAAGAGUUCCAGAAAGACCCUCGUGCUCAGCAGCCGACCCUUCCUUCCAGCCGCAUCCAUACCGAUGUCUUUUAAGCUCUCCUCUUCCGUUAGA